UAAAUUUAUAACCAAAAAAUAAAAUAAUUCAAUAUUGGGUUUUUCUUCAUCCCAUGGUAAUAUUAAUCUAAAUUCUAGGCCAAAAAUUUUUCUAGAUAAAUAUUUAAAAAAAACGCUUCGCCGAUAAUUUAUCGAUAAAAAUAUAAUAAUGGCAACUAAAGGGUUGAUUACAUCUCCCCACAACGAUAUAGACCAUAAUUUAUCGCCGGAUAAUCGGCAUCAUUCCUUAAGCAACCACUCCAGCUUGAACCUGGUUUCCAACAAUAUCAGCAGCAUAAAAUCUGAUUUCAUUCAACAACACGCGUCCAAAUCGCUCGAGGAAAAUAAUUUUACCGCUUACAACAAUCACAACGAGGACGACGACAACAAUAGCGUGCACUUGUUCAAGGAUUGCUUGGAAUCCGAUCUAGCCACAAAUCUGAACAACCUUUUGCAUCCGCUUCAAUACGGAUCGUCCGGCCAGCACGAUAAGAAAGAAAUCUCGCUGUUCGAUCAAGAAAAAGUUGACAUGACUCUAUUGGCCGAAGAAUCGCCCGAUCACAUAUAUAACAGACUCGAUAAGGAUAACACUAUACUCUGCCUGACUAACAACACGAGCCAAUUACAAGAGCAACCGCUGUUGAAUGGCGAGGCCACCCCUAAAAAAUCGAGCAAUAUAAACUUGAUAGGCAAACUUUGGAAGAAGCCUAAAAAGGGCGCAAAUAAUGGCGAUAAUUCCAAAGCUAGCGGGAAUGAUGCAGCAUUGAAUACCGAAAAUUUAGACUUGGUGGUCAACAAAAAUACGUCAAAAUGUAAAGAAGAUAAAAGAGUGAGCGAGAACGUUGAAAACACUAAUAAUUCUUGCGAUACAGACCAGACCACGACUAAAGGUAACAACGGUAAGGUAAAAGUUGGAAAAGGGUUUCAGGCAUCUUUAGUGGGCACGGCAAGAAACGUUUUCAACUUGGGCAAGGUGAAUGCUUAUGAAAGUGUUGAAACUGGGGAAGAAGAUAUCGUCAAAGACGGUCCAAGUAGCAGCAGCUCAGGGGACGUUGGUAUGAGGGACAAAGACUCUGUUCAAAUACUUUCGGAAUGCUCGAAUCCAAAUUUUAGCGGCAAUAACGACGGGGUCAACAAAACCGAAACAUUCAAAAGUGAAUUCAACAAUGAUCCAUAUUCGGCUGCAAACAGUUUAACCCGAGUAUUUGGGGCUUCUUGUAAACGGAGUUUUUGGAAAUGCGACCCCCAUCAUAAUCAAAAAAUGUCUAUGAAGUUAGAUCAGUUCGAUAACGGUGAUUCCAAAGACAUCCCCGGCAAAACGCCUCAUCGCGUAUUCAAUCAUUUUACUUAUUCCAAAAUUAAUAACGAUGCGUUGAAGUCCGCCAACAAUAAAUUAUCGCAACAUCAUUUCCUCGAGAUUCCCGAAAUGGAACAAUUAUUCACGGAACCAGAUAAUUAUCACAGUUACGACUUGGUAUGGAAUACUUCGAAAGGGAUUUUCAGUUUCGUUAGCCUGUUACUCUACAGAGUAUUCACCGCCAUUUUGGCCAUUCCUUUAGCAUUCAUAUGGGCACUGCUUAUGACAAUUUCUUGUAUUUUGAACGUAUGGUUCCUCGGACCAAUCAUAAGCUUUCUCUGCGUUUGGAUGGAACUGUUACAACGCGUAUGGUCAGCUUGUUGUAAGACCUUUAUAACACCCAUAGUUGAAGCAUUUUGGGCCGGGAAAUGGAAUAAUGCCGCCCAUAACCCUAACUGCGUUCAUUGUUGUAGCAAAGGUCCUCACCAUGUUAUCGAUUUUGCCGGCAAGAAUGGGGAAGUUAAAAUGACCAAUGGAAACGACCAAAUUGCUGGGGGGAAAAUUGGAGAAACCGAAAUCAACCCUUAAAUAAAAAUUACUAUUUUAUUAUGAUUAAUAUUUUUCUUUUAUAUUUUUAACUGAAUAAGAUUGCUUAUUUAUUUAUAUAGUGUAUAUUUAAAAAAAAAAAAAUUUUUUUCCUAUAAUCGCAUUGUAAUAAGUUCUAAUAAUCAGAAAAUAUUUUUGAUACUACAUAUUAAAUUGUAUACUUGUAUUUACGGCUUUUUCUAUACCAAAGUUUAUAUAUAUUUUAUAUUUUUU